AUGCCCAAUAUCAGCGUAAGAGAACGAAUAAGCGCUUUGGAGCAGCAGCACCGGCCGAGCACAAGCGAAGGCGUCGCCGAUGCCCAUCGAAGGAUAUCCAGCAAUUCCACAAGCAUGAAUGUGAAGCAGCGCGCGAGUUAUUUCCAGGGCGAGGAGAGUAGAAGUAGGAGUAGGAGUAGCGGCAGCGACAGUGCUGGUGGUACUAGCAAUGACACCACGAGCAGCAACACGGGCAACGCAUCCACUCCACCCUCCACCAAUCCACCUUCCUCUCCCCGCAUCGACAGCAGCAGCGUGCAGGUGGAGAGUGGCAGUGUGGGCAGCGCCGAUAACAGCAUACAUACACCUACUCCCGCCUCACCCGCUUUCACAGCCACCACUGACGUCCAUUAUCAGGUCCCUGAGCUCGUCGAAACGGACUUGGAACACAACCAGGAAAUAAUCCAGCUGCUGAGAAACGACAAACAGCUGUCUUUUGCACAUGAGACUCAGACACAUGCACACCCUCAGUCUCGUACGGACGUUCUUCAGGCUACACACGACCUAGCAAACCUCAGUACAUCCUUCGACGGUGAAGUUGGUGAGCUGGACGGCGUUCUUGAUGCGGAUAGCAGUAUUAGCAGUGCUAGCAAUCGUGAUAGUGAACUGGAAGCAGAUACUGAGGCUGGCUGGGUGACAGUCAUCACAACAUAA